AUGGUAGACUUGGAUUUUUCUAAAGGAAAUUAUUAUGAACAUAAGCUUAUACAACAUUCAUGUUAUAAUUUAGGAGCAAUAGGCUCGGAGAUUCUUGUAUUGGCCAAACCAAUCGAGGCAAGAACAUUGCAGAUCGACUUUCUAGAAUUUCAUGGCGGUGUUCCCUGCAUGAAAUUUGAGUUUUUGGGUUGUCAACGGACUGCAUGUGAAGAUAUUAAUGAAUGCGAGGAUGGUCGUAAUGGAGGUUGUGAACAGCAUUGUCACAAUACACAAGGUGGACAUCGUUGCAGCUGUGAAGAAGGCUUUGAUUUGUUCGUUGAACCAGGCCAAAGUGGUGUUCGUUUACGUGAAGGUGAAUCAGGCUAUGGAGAAUUCGAUUCAUUGCGAUUUAACCAUUCCUGUAUUCCUCGACAUUGUGCUCCUUUGACGACACCAGAAAAUGGCCAAUUAAUAGCUCAAAAUCUGUACAAAAAUUUUAAAAAUGAAGUGAAUAAUACAAACAACAAAAACGAGUUUUUUUCGUCUUCAUUUGCUUUCCCUUCAAUUGUGGAGUUUCGGUGUACUUUUGGUCAUCAAAUGCGUGGGCCUUCACAUCUUAAAUGUUUGGCUGAUGGGACAUGGAAUGGAACAGUUCCAUCAUGCAUACCUGCCACCUGUUCCGGCGUAAAGAAUAGCACAGCUGUUGGACUCUUUGUACAGCCUGAAACCGUCUCCAUUCCUUUUGGCCAAAAUUUAAGUUUUGUCUGUUCCCAAACUAAUCGACCGCCAAAACAUUCUGCACUUGGAGAAAUCCGUCAAUGUAUUUAUGAUCCUCGAACUGAUGGACUGGAAUACUGGUUAAGUGGCCCAGAAGUUGAUUGUCCGCUUGUCGAUUGUGGACCUCCUCCUGCCCUAUCAGGGGCUUAUUAUGAAGGAGAUGAAGGGCAUCAUGGAGGAAACUUUAAAGUAGGAAGCGUCUAUUUAUUCCAGUGCCGUGCUCCAUAUUCUCUUGUUGGAAAAUCUUCAUAUGAUGACCGUAUGGUUCGUUGUAAUGUAGACGGAACAUGGGAUUUGGGUGAUUUACGUUGUGAAGGCCCUGUUUGUGUUGACCCUGGCCAUCCAGAUGACGGACAAACAUUUUUGGACUCUGUUGAGGAAGGGGCUGUUGCAAGUUUCAGUUGUAACAGACCAGGAUUUAAGCCAUUCCCUGCAGAAACUAUAAGUUGCAGUCUUGGAACGCCUUGUGUAUUGAGUGAGGAUGUUGGAAUUUCUUCUGGUUUUAUUCCUGAUGGAGCUUUUUCUGAUAAUUCUGACAAGGUAAUUUGGGGAUAUGAACCUCACAAAUCGCGCAUGUCAUCUUCUGGUUGGUGUGGCUCUAAGGAUGCCUUUAUCUUCCUUUCUGUGCAUCUACAACGAAUUUAUACACUUACAACACUGAGGUUAACUGGUGUUGCUGGUAAUGGGCAUCUGUCUGGUCAUGUUACAAAAAUGCAGCUUUUUUAUAAAGUUCAGUUCAGUCAAAACUAUGAUAACUAUCCUAUGGAAUUCUCUACACCCUCAGGAAAUCACAGAAAAAUUUACCAAUUUACCCUUAAUCCGCCUCUACGAGCCCGUUACAUUCUCUUGGGUAUUACAGAAUAUGAAAAGAACCCUUGCCUUCGUUUUGAUAUGCAUGGAUGUUUAGCUCCUCUGUCUACCACACACGAAGUUCCAGCUCAUUUACAAGUUGGCUGGAAUGCAAGUAUCCCUCAAUGCUUAGAUGCUGAACCGCCAACAUUUAAAAAUUGUCCCCAAUCACCCAUAAUUGUACAAACUGAUGAGAACGGGCAAUUGUUCCCUGCCAAUUAUGUCAUACCUGAAGCUACUGAUAAUUCAGGAAGGAUUACUUACAUGCUAACAAAGCCAGAAGACUUCCAUCCACCCUAUCCAGUCAGUCAAGACACUGAUAUAAUCUAUCAAGCUUUUGACGAUGCGGGGAAUAUGGCUGAAUGUGCUGUUCGGCUAAGAAUACCUGACACAGUUCCUCCCAUCUUGAAGUGUCCUGAUUCUUAUGCUAUCUGGGCACAAGAAAAUCAAACUGAACUUUACAUGCAGUUCAAUGAAUCCUCAGUACGGCUAGUUGUGCAAGACCAAUCUCCAAUUACCCAAAUUUCCUAUGAUCCUCCCGAAGCUCGAAUUAAACUUGAUUCACACGUCACUGUUGAAGCCUCAGUUCUGGAUGCCCAUUCUAAUCGAAAUAAAUGCAAAUUCCAAGUAGCACUGUUACCCGAACCUUGUAGUCCUUGGUCCUUACGCAUUGACGGAGCUACCGUUCAGAAACAAUGUCAACGCCAUGCUAGUGGCACAGUUUGCCAAGUCCAAUGUCGCAAAGGAUAUCGCUUUCUAGAAUCCUUCCCUCAACAAAAAAGCGAAGUUAAGAAACAACAAAAUAGUACUAAUACACUUCCACAACGCUAUAGUUGUUCGAUGGAACAACAAUCGGGAAAAUGGUUGCCCUCGCCAACUCCACCUGCAUGUGUACCAAUGGCUAUGGAACCUGCUCGUUACGAGAUGAGAGUUCACAUGAAUUACAGCCUUACUUCACCUUUACCGAGUGAUUGUGCUAAGGUAAGAGGAAAGGCUUUAGAUCAGGGCUCCGAUCGACAAAAUGACACUCAAAAGUAUCAAAAUCUUGAUUAA